GAAAGCGAGCAGUCACUACACAGCUGUCAGGUCAGGUGGAUCGAACAUGUUGUGAGCUCCAGCCUCGUCGUUACACAUUGAUUUUGUUGGGUGUUUUUUUUUUCUUUUUUUAUUACCGCGGAGGUCAAGUCAAACCGAAUAUCACCGGAAAUUACGAGUUUUCAUACCAAAAUUAACGUUUCGCUGUUGCUCGACCAACUGCGAGACUAACACUCACCGAGAGGGCAUUUUAUUUUGAAAUUUUGAAGCAAAGAGGUCUGUUUUUCAUUUAUGUUUGACACAUGUGAAUGGUGUUCUGUUCGGGACGUUUUUUUUGGGAGCAGAGUACAACAAGCUCCCACUCCGAAGUUGGUUUAAAGUUGAGUUGAAGUUUGUCCGGACGGCUGUGUUCCCUCCCUUUUUUCCCAAUUAGCUCCGACCUUUUCUAUUUUUCUCUCUGCCAUUUUGCUUUUUAAAUUGAGAAACGUGUGUAACGUUUACGUCAACUCAUCGGUUGUGUUGGCUGACCGGGGUCCCCUGCUGUCAAACUUUCGUUGACAUGGAUUUGUUGCGCCCACGACGGACGGACUGAAAAAGUUUGGGAAUUUCCAUCAUUCACGAGCUAGCUGCGACAAAACGCACUCAUUGCAGCUACUUUAAUUUUUUUAUAUAUAUAUAGGCUAUAUAAACAAGUUGUCAUUAACGAAUUUAGCUAAAAAACAUGUUCAAUUCCACCGGCACCCACUGCAACACCACGCUGCCCCGGGACGCGGAGCUCCAGCUGCGGUUAGCUGACAGCGGAGGAACCGGGGAAGGGAAGGAGAACGGCGCUGGGAAACAUUUCGUCUCCCCGGCUGAGGAGGAGAGCUCGUUUUGCACCAAGAGGAAGAUGCUCGUCGGUUUGGAUUUAAUAUGUCUUUGUGUCGCCUCCAUCCCAUUCUUUGCCUGUGAGUUGAAGGCGGUGACUCCGUACAAGCGAGGCUUCUUCUGUGGAGACUCCAGCAUCACCUAUCCCUUCGUGCCGAGCGAGGCCAUCCCUGACAGCCUGCUCAUUGCUGGUGGUAUAGCCAUCACUGGCCUAACGAUUGCACUGGGUGAAUGCUACCGGGUGCGUUUCCGAGGUGUACACUCGCGGGCCUUUGUUCGAAACUGCUAUGUGUCGUGCCUUUACAAGGAGCUGGGAAGCUUCCUGUUUGGUUGCUGUGUGGGUCAGUCUCUCACCAAUAUGGCCAAGCUAAGUGUGGGACGCCUGCGACCCAACUUCCUGUCUGUCUGUAACAUCACCUAUGAAUCCAUCAACUGCACUCCGGGCAGCUACGUGUCCCAGGUCACCUGCAGGCAGUCUAGUCAGAAGAUGGUGGAGGAAGCAAGGAAGUCUUUUUUUUCCGGCCAUGCUUCCUUCGCAAUGUACACCAUGCUCUAUCUGGCAUUCUACCUGCAGGCGCGGUUGUCAUGGCGAGGAGCUCGGCUGUUGCGCCCUCUAAUACAGUUCCUCUUAGUGAUGAUCGCCAUCUACACCGGCCUGACACGCAUUUCUGACUACCGUCACCACCCCACUGAUGUCCUCACAGGCUAUAUCCAAGGAGGCCUCACUGCAUAUUGGGUGGCCUUCUACAUCUCCUCCAUGUUUAAGCCCUGCACCCGUCCAGACCUGUCUCCCACUAGCACGUCCAUGGAGAGUCCACUGUCCAGCCAGCAAACUGUCUGUUAGCAGAUGCAUGCAAUCACUCUAGGAAUCAGAAGAUAAGAGAAGAUGGACUGCAGAAAGACAGGGAGAAUGUCAGAUAGCACAGGUGAGGGGCAGAGAGAAGGGAGAAACUUCAAUCUUUAAUUAAGGGAAUCAUUCUUAGAGAAGGAUAUGAUUAAAGAUUACAAUCUAACACAUGCUUGCUCUUUCGGGCAUACUGAUACACAUGCAAACAUACAUUCACACAGUAAUCUAACAUGUUCACACACUCACACAUGUGAAAUACAAGAAGCACAUUUGACUGUGAGUCAAACCCGUCCAGUGAAAAGAACUGCAUAGUAAUAUUACAGAUAUUUUUUUAUAUAUGAAAAAAAUAAAAUAAAAAAUUUAUAUUUUUCAAGAGGAUUUUUUUAGAAGCUGCUAAUGUUAAUAGUUUCCAGUUUUAACUGUUUUCUUCUGUUAUGGAGGCAUUUGGUCAGUGAAUUUAGUAAAACUGGUCACUUUUUGGUCUUGGGUGAGAGAGGGAAAAAACUGCAGCCUCCUCUUUGUUUUUGAUCCUCUGCUAGUCUUGGAAAACAUCACCCAGCAGCUGUGAACUGAGACCAUCAGACCUCAGAUAUAAAAGAUGGCUCUGUACCAAGUGACAGAACUGACAGUGAUAAUGAACAAGCACUGGCUUCUAACCAUUUUACCUUCAGUGGCCUGAUGAGCCACUGCUGUAAUCAGACUGCCCUGCAUCACUAUGACUAAACAACAGCCUGUGCAUAAGCAGAGAAAACAAACAGUAUUUGUGCUGUAAGACAAUGUUAUCUUUCUUUUUUGUGUAACUAAGGUAGUGAUGGGGAGGAAUCUGACCAAGUUACUUACCUACCCUAUCACCUUUCUGUACUAACCACUUUGACUGUGUCUCAGAGGUGGAGGUUUGACUGAAUUUUGUAACCUUUUACUUUUGCCCCUGGACUCUCUGAGCUGCACCUUGAUUUAUGCCACUCUGACAGGAGAGCCGACAUGGCUGCGACCCCAGCGGCUCUCCUGUGCAUCUUUAUUAAUAGCACUUGAACGUACAUAAUGGAACCUUCUAAUUAUAAUCAAUAUUAUAUAUUUUAUCACAACUUUGAAUAAUCAGUGUUUAUUUUUGUUAAUGUCAGACUCAUACACUAUGUUUUUUCUUGAAAUGAUAAUUAUUCAAAUUGAAUGUAAAUAGCUAUUUCAUUUUAUAAACCACACAGAAUUUCAAAAGUAUUAGUUCCAGUUUUGGACCGUUUUUACAUGUUUAUUAAGUGUUUGUAUUUACGUUUGUGUUGAUCAGGUACGGAGAGUUACUAUUGUAUCUGUUGUAACUACUAGACUGAGCCACAGAUAUUAUCAGAAAGCUAUAUUUUUUGUGCUCCCAGUUAUUGUUAUUUGUUUGUUUUGUCUGUGAAUGCCAGAAAGGCAGAAAUAACCACUGUACUCAAAAAACCAAACCAAUAAAAUGAAUGUUGAAUGUU